CUUUUAUAAGGUGGGAGCCUAGUGUAGUCAAGCGUAUGCGACCUUCAAGAGUUCUAGGGUUGCGAGGAGGAAGACGAGAAGUAUGGAUGUCAUAAAGACACAGCAGAUCUCGUUACGGCCGAUCGAGAAGGUCAUCGUGCACCCUUUAGUUCUCUUGAGCAUCGUCGAUAACUACAACCGCGUUGCCCGCGACCCACGCAAGCGAGUCAUCGGUGUCCUUCUUGGUAGCUCCUCAAAGGGCGUCGUCGAUGUAUCCAACAGUUACGCAGUGCCUUUUGAAGAAGAUGACACAGAUCCAAGCAUCUGGUUCCUGGAUCAUAAUUAUCAUGAGGCAAUGUUUUCUAUGUUUAAGAGAAUAAAUGCUAAGGAGCAUGUCGUUGGUUGGUAUAGCACAGGUCCAAAACUGCGUGAGAAUGAUUUGGAUGUUCAUGCUAGAUUUAAUGAUUAUGUGCACAAUCCUGUCUUGGUCAUAAUUGAUGUUCAACCUAAGGAGUUAGGAAUACCUACCAAAGCUUACUAUGCUGUUGAAGAGGUUAAAGAGAAUGCUACCCAGAAAAGUCAGAAGGUCUUUGUGCACGUGCCUUCUGAAAUUGCUGCUCAUGAAGUUGAAGAAAUUGGAGUUGAACAUUUGUUGAGGGAUGUCAAGGAUACCACUGUCAGUACUCUUGCAACAGAGGUUACAAGUAAACUUGCAGCCUUAAAGGGCCUUGAUGCAAGGCUUCGCGAGAUAAGGGGUUAUUUAGAUCUUGUCAUUGAAGGGAAGCUUCCAUUGAAUCAUGAAAUUCUUUACCAUCUGCAGGAUGUAUUCAAUCUACUUCCUAACCUAAAUGUGAAUGAAUUGAUCAAGGCAUUUGCUGUCAAAACAAAUGAUAUGAUGCUGGUUAUUUACCUUUCCUCUCUUAUCCGAAGCGUCAUUGCACUUCACAACCUGAUCAGCAAUAAAAUGCUAAACAAGGAACAUGAGAAAGCUGAAGACGCCAAACCUGUGGCUGUACCAAGUGCCGCAGGAAGCUAGGAUUUAUCUUUGGUAGAUGGCUACAUUUUCAUUUGCGAGAAGUUUCAGUGACAUGGAGAUGAAGAGGCGUUGUCCGUCUGAGCGUUUUGAUUUGAAAAAACAACCUAAGAUCUUCAGUGAUGGAUACGAGAAGUUUAUCUUGGCAUUCAUUUUUUUUUAUAUCUCACUAAUGUUUUUAUUUCUUAUUACAUUGCUAUUUCUUCUCUAUUUAACUUGUUUUAUUGAAGUUCAGUAGCUAUAUAUUCUCGUUCUUCAAGCACGUACGAUGAGAAUGACUUAUAUUACCUGGUAAACAAAUAAAUACCUUGCAAUCGAAA